GAAAAUUUCAAAAUUUUCCAAUGAAAAAUCACUCCAGGAAAAAUUCUGGAAAAUUGACUUUUUAAAGCAAAAUUAAGGAAAAUUCAUCCUCUUACAUUUUAAUUUUUUUCUGGAAAACUGGUAAAGGAAAAAAUUUGAAAAUUUUCCAGGAGAAAGAGGAAAAUGAGGAAAUCAUUAUAGGAAAAUUUCAAAAUUUUUCAGUGAAAAAUCAUUCCAGGAAAAAUUCUGCAUUUAAUUUAAAAAAAAAAAACUGGAAAAGUCAUGAAAAAUUAGAAAAUUAAGGGAAAUUUCGUUUGAUAGUUGUCAAAAAAAAUCAAUUAAAACGUAUUUCCAUCUGUUUCUUUGACAGGUUAAAAGAAAGAAAUAGAAAUACACUCAGUGCGCAUUAAAAUUACCUGUUGGUAAUUGUCAUAAGGUCAACCAAAAAUGAAGUUGUCAAUAUUAAUUGUCGCUUUGUGUUUAACGACAAUUGAGUGUCCACAACCUUUGCAAGACAUAAAAGCCGGCUUGAACUUGCUCAGACACGAACCCAACAGCGACUCAGAAGCCGGGACAAGUUUCGACUACAUUAAAAAAGUCCUGCUCAGAUUUCUGAGCACUUUGAAGCGCGACAAACGAACCACUGCUCAGACUAAAAAGAGUCAGUGGCGUAAGUGGACCGAUUGGUCGCCGUGCAGCGUGACGUGCGGUAAAGGCCGGUCCAUAAGGUGGCGCCACUGCAAGGCGCGCUGUCAAAAUUUGGAAACCGAAAUGGAGGAGGUCGCUUGUCAGUUGCCCGAAUGUCCCAAGAAACUUUUCGGUUUGAUAAAAUUAUUGUAAAUUGAUUUUUUAAUUAAAAAAAAAAUAUAUGCUCUAGGUGAGGCUCGAACUCAC